AAUAAUAAUAAUAAAAAAAAAAGAAAACACGAAAGCUUCGUUUUUCAGACCAAAAACACCAGCCAGCGAGCCAGAGAGAACGAAAAAGAUUUUAUUUCUCUUCAAGGACUUCUUCUUCUUCCUUUUAUUAUUAAUUUCUCUCUUUUGUUCUCCAUUUUCGAUCUGCAAAUUCAACGACAAUCUUCGAUCUAUCUUUUUACGUUCCUGAAUUUUCUCCCGGGUUUGGAAUCGAAGCGAAGGAGAAGAACAAAAUUGGUUGAAGUAUGAGCAUCGAUAGCCCUGGGAAAGGGGAGAAUUAGGGUUUUCGAGCUUUGAAGAUUUCAGGUUUUGAAUUCCAUGGGUGAUGGAGGUGUCGCAUGUAUGCCUUUGCAGCACAGUAAUAAUAAUAUCAUCAUGGAAGAAAGAUUUCCUGUUCAAGAAAAGAAUACAACAACAACAGUAACAGCAACAGUUCCAUCAACAACAACAACAACGAAAGUGGAAACUGUAAACAACAACAGUAACAGCAGUGGUGGUGGUGGUAUUAGUAAUAAUAAAAAUAAUAAUAAUGUCAGUAGUGGUGACAAGAAGGAUAACGGGAAAAGUUAUAGUAGCAACAAUGGGGUGACCGGGAAGGUGAAGAAGGUGAAGAGGAUAGUUAAGGUGAAAAAGGUGGUGAGGAAAGUAGUGGCGGGGGAGAAGAAAGGAGUGGGAUUGGUGAGGGAAGUUAAGAGUGCUUGUGGGAGUGGUAGUAAGGAAGUAGUGGUGUUGGAGACGAAAGAAUCAGGAUUGAAGAAGGAAGAAAAGAGCAAGGAAGUGACAGCUGAGAAGAAAGAAUCAGGAUGGAAGAAGGAAGUGGCAGCGGAGAAGAAAGAAUCAGGUUUGAAGAUUAGUAGUGGUAGCAAGACAGUUGAAAAUGGUGAUGGUUUGGGUUCUGGGGAUGCUAAGUUGCAGAGUGGUAGUAAUAAUAUUAAAGAGGAAGUUGAAGAGGGGGAAUUAGGGACAUUGAAGUGGCCGCCUAAAGGGGAAAUUGAGAAUGGCGAAUUUGUUCCUAUACCAGAGAAGCCAAGGAGAAGUGAGAUUGAGAGAGGAGAGAUUGGUAGUGAGAAAUGGAAGAAAGGGGAUAUAGAGAAAGGGGAGAUUGUUUCUGGUAAUAAAUGGCCGAGAGGGGAAGUUGUUCGAGACGAAAUCGAGAAAGGUGAGUUCAUUCCGGACAGGUGGAAUGGUAAAGAUGAGUAUGGCUACAUUAGGUCUCGUGGCAAGUAUGACAUGAGUAGGGAGCGGACGCCACCUUCCGGGAAGUAUUCUUGUGAGGAUGUUAACCGAAGGAAAGAGUUGACUAGAAGUGGGGGUAGCCUGCACAGUAAAAGUUCUAUGAGGUGGGAGAGUGGCCAGGAAAGGAGUACAAGGAUCAGCUCAAAGAUUGUUGAUGAAGAAGGUUCGUAUAAGAGUGAGUACAGCAAUGGUAAGAACCCUGGAAGGGAGUAUUCUUCGGGUAACAGAUUGAAACGUCAUGGUACCGAUUCUGAUAGCACCGAGCGCAAACAUUAUGGGGAUUACUCUAGUUCUAAAAGCAGGAGACUUUCUGAGGAUGGUUCCCGCUAUGCUUACUCAGAGCACUAUUCACGUCACUCUGUGGAGAGGUUCUAUAAAAACUCUUCUUCCUCCAGAGUAUCUUUAUCAGACAAGUACUCAUCCAGGCAUCAUGAGUCCACUUUGCCCUCUAAGGUUGUUUAUGACAGGCAUGUUCAUUCCGACUGGUCCCCACAUGAGAGGCCCCGAUACAAUGAUCACAGGGACCGAAGUCCAAUCCGUCAUGAGAAAUCUCCCUAUGGCCGAGAAAGGACACCAUAUGGACUGGAGAGAUCUCCAUAUGGGCGAGAAAGAUCACCAUAUGGACGUGAGAGGUCACCAUAUUGGCGAGACAGAUCCCCAUAUGGACAUGAUAGAUCCCCCUAUGGACGUGAGAAAUCCCCAUACGGACGAGAGAGAUCCCCGUACGGACUUGAGAAAUCACCUUAUGACCGAAGCCGCCAUUACGAGCAUAGAAAAAGGAGUCCUUCUUAUGUGGAAAGGUCCCCACAGGAUCGAGCCCGGCACCAUGACCGCAGCGAUCGGACACCAAAUUACUUGGAGCGAUCCCCACAUGAUCGUGCUAAGCCCAAUAAUUAUAGAGAAGCAAGUCGAAAGGGUGGAGCCACUGAGAAGCGGAACUCUCAGUAUGGUAAUAAACAGCAGGAGGAUAAGAUCAGCCAAAAGGAUCCUGAUGUAAGGGACACAGAACCCCCAGCUAAGGAAUCUCUAGAUAAAAGUAGCGUGCUUAAUUUUGAUGGUUUGGAUGAAAAGCAUGCCAGCAGUGAAACUCGCAUAGAAGAGAAGUCCGAGAGCCCAAGGAUAAAUAUUAAAGAACCUCCUCAAGUUGAUGGACCUCCUCCUGAAGAACUGCAAUCUAUGGAGGAAGAUAUGGAUAUAUGUGAUACACCACCACAUGUCCCUGCUGUGGCUGAUACAUCAACUGGUAAAUGGUUUUACCUAGAUCAUUUUGGUGUGGAAUGUGGCCCUUCAAAGUUAUGCGAGCUUAAAGCGCUUGUUGAUGAAGGAAGUCUUAUGUCUGAUCACUUUAUCAAGCACUUGCAUAGUGAUAGGUGGUUAACAAUCGAAAAUGCACUUUCACCGUUUGUGCCAGUGAAUUUCCCAUCUGUUGUGCCAGAUGCUAUAACUCAACUAGUAAGCCCUCCAGAGGCUCCUGGUAAUCUUUUGGCAGAUACUGGAGAUAUCGGGCAAUCUUGUGCUCAGAUUGGCGAGGGAGUAUCAGGGAAUUUUCUGAAACCACCAGCCUGCCCUGAUCACAGUGAAAUUGCUUCUGAGUCUUUAGAAGAUCUACAGAUUGACGAAAGAGUUGGAGCUCUAUUGGAGGGUUUUUCUGUUGUUCCUGGCAGUGAGCUAGAGACUGUUGGAGAAGCUCUGCAAAUGACAUUUGAACAUGUGCAAUGGGAGGGAUGUAUAAAAGCAGAAGGUUUUACCUGGCAGCGAGCUACCACUUCUGAACAACGGGAUGAAAACAGUGAUGAAUUACUAAGACAUUCUGAUGUGAAAACAAACGUAGCUGUUGAAGCAUGGCCAGCUACUCUUGCUGACAAGGAUGAUGGCUUUGCCUCUUCUGUUGAUUCCACUGACUGGUUUUCUGGCCGAUGGUCUUGCAAGGGUGGGGACUGGAAGAGGAAUGAGGAGUCUGUCCAGGACAGAUUUACUCGAAGGAAACUUGUUCUUAAUGAUGGAUUCCCAGUGUGCCACAUGCCAAAGUCAGGGUGUGAGGACCCACGGUGGCAUAUAAAAGAUGAUUUGUAUAAUCCUUCUCAAAGCAGGAAGCUUGACCUCCCUCCUUGGGCUUUCUCCAGCUCUGAUGAUAGAAAUGAUACUGGUGGUGUCAGUAGAUCAACCCUCAAUAAACCUCCAAUAACAAGGGGAGUGAAAGGAACCGUGCUUCCAGUGGUCAGGAUAAAUGCAUGUGUGGUUCAGGACCAUGUUUCUGAGACCCGCACUAAAGUUCGAGGGAAGGACAGAUAUCAUUCAAGAUCUGCUCGAACUCAUUCUGCAACUAAUGAUGUGAAGAGUUCAUCAGUGGAGUGCGAUUCACAAUCCCGAAUUGUCAAUGAUCAAGACUCACAUGGAUCUUGGAAGUCGACUGCAUCACUUAACACUCCCAAAGACCGUCUUUGCACAGCAGAUGACUUACAAUUGAAUUUGGGUGACUGGUAUUACUUAGAUGGUUCUGGCCAUGAACGAGGUCCCUUAUCAUUUUCAGAGCUUCAGAAUUUGGCGGAUAAAGGUACCAUCCAAAAGUAUAGCAGCGUUUUCAGGAAAUUUGAUAGGGUGUGGGUUCCAGUUGCAUCAGCCACAGAGACUUCUGAAGCCACUGUCAGAAUUCAACAGUCAAAUGUUGAACUGUCUGGUGGUUCUUCGGGAACUCUUUUGAAGUCCCAGACUGCUGCUAAUAUUGAGAGUAACAAAGAUUCUAGUUCAUUUCACAGCCUUCAUCCACAGUUCAUUGGUUUUACCCGGGGGAAGCUACAUGAAUUGGUAAUGAAAUCGUACAAGAACCGGGAGUUUGCUGUAGCCAUAAAUGAGGCCUUGGAUCCAUGGAUUGUUGCAAAACAGCCUCAGAAAGAGCUCGAUAAACAUAUGUACCUCAAAUCAGAAAUAGAUGUACGUGUUGGAAAAAGAGCCUGGAUGCAGCCUGACCAAAUUGUUAAGGAUAAUGAAAUGGAGGAAGACACAUUGCACAAGGUUGAAACCACUUUUGAGCAACUAUGUGGUGAUACCAAUUUCCACAGAGAAGAGAGCAUGUGUUCAGAGAUUGAGGCAGGAAGCUGGGGUUUAUUGGAUGGUCAUAUGCUGGCACGAAUCUUUCAUUUUCUGAGAUCUGACUUGAAAUCCCUAGUCUUUGCUUCCUUGACUUGUAAACACUGGAGAGCUGCUGUUGGUUUUUACAAGGGCAUAUCAAUACAGGUUGAUCUUUCAUCUGUGGGUCCCAACUGUACUGACUUGAUGGUGAGGAGUAUCAUGAAUGGUUAUAACAAAGAAAAGAUUAAUGCAAUGGUGCUGACGGGUUGUACAAAUGUCACUUCUGGCAUGCUUGAAGAAAUUCUCUGCUCUUUCCCAUGUUUAUCUUCUAUAGAUAUUAGAGGCUGCAGCCAGUUCAUGGAGUUGGCCCAUCAAUUUCCACGUGUUAGUUGGCUCAAGAGCCGCACAAGGAUCCCUGAGGAGUCAAAUUCUAAACUAAGGAGUCUUAAACAAAUCAGUGGGAGAGAUGAUUUUGGGGAGCUGAAGGAGUAUUUUGAUAGUGUGAAUAAGAGAGACUCAGCAAAUCAAUUAUUUCGUCGAAGUUUGUACAAACGCUCAAAAGUGUUUGAUGCUAGAAAGUCAUCAUCCAUUCUAUCCAGGGAUGCUCGUAUGAGGCGAUGGGCAGUCAAGAAAUCUGAAAAUAGCUAUACAAGGAUGGAGGGGUUUCUUGCUGCAGGUUUGAAGGACAUAAUGAAGGAGAAUAUCUUCGAUUUUUUUGUGCCUAAGGUGGCAGAAAUUGAGGAUAGGAUGAAGAAUGGCUAUUAUGUUGGGCAUGGAUUGAGGUCGGUCAAGGAGGAUAUUAGUCGAAUGUGCAGAGAUGCUAUUAAAGUAAAGAAUCGGGGUGCUGGAGACAUGAAUCACAUCAUUACAUUGUUUUUCCAACUAGCCUCUCGUUUGGAAGAGAGUUCCAAGUUUUCUUAUGAAAGAGAUGAGCUCAUGAAGUCAUGGAAAGAUGAUUUAUCUGCAGCAUUGGAUUCUGCUCCAAUGAAACAUAAGAAGAAAGCUACUGGAAAGAAGUGCAUGAAUAGGAGCAAUGGCACUAUCCCUGCAAAUGGUAGUUUUGAUUAUGGAGAAUAUGCAUCUGAUCAGGAAAUUAAGAAGCGUAUAUCCAAACUCAACAGAAAAUCCAUGGAUUCAGGAAGUGAAACUUCUGAUGACCGGUCUUCUGAAGAUGGCAGGAGUGGUAGUGAUAGUACUGCUUCAGAUACAGAAAGUGACUUGGAUUUCCGAUCAGAAGGUCGAACUGGGGAGUCAAGAGGAGACGGAUACUGUAUGACAGAUGAGGAUGAACGUGAAUGGGGUGCUCGCAUGACAAAAGUGAGUCUGGUUCCUCCUGUUACUAGGAAGUAUGAAGUCAUAGACCAAUAUCUUAUUGUAGCAGAUGAGGAGGAUGUCCAGCGAAAGAUGUCUGUAUCUUUGCCAGAUGACUAUGCUGAGAAGCUUGAUGCACAGAAAAAUGGCACUGAGGAAUUAGAUAUGGAACUUCCUGAAGUCAAGGGUUUCAAACCUAGGAAACAGCUUGGAGACGAAGUUAUAGAACAAGAAGUUUAUGGAAUUGAUCCCUAUACCCACAAUCUUUUACUUGAUUCCAUGCCUGAAGAAGUGGACUGGCCUUUGUUGCAAAAACAUAUGUUUAUUGAAGAUGUGCUACUCUGUACCCUGAAUAAGCAAGUCAGGCACUUUACUGGUGCUGGGAACACUCCGAUGACAUAUCCUAUACAGCCUGUUGUUGAAGAAAUUGAACAAGCUGCUGUGGAGGAUUGUGAUAUACUAAAAAUGAAAAUAUGUCGGGGUAUCUUGAGAGCCAUAGAUAAUCGACCUGAUGACAAAUAUGUUGCUUACCGGAAGGGGCUUGGUGUUGUAUGCAACAAAGAAGGUGGUUUUGGAGAUGAUGACUUUGUUGUGGAGUUUUUGGGAGAGGUAUAUCCUGCAUGGAAAUGGUUUGAGAAGCAAGAUGGGAUUAGAUUAUUACAGAAAGACAGUAAAGAACCAGCUCCAGAAUUUUACAACAUUUAUCUUGAGAGGCCAAAGGGUGAUGCUGAUGGUUAUGAUUUGGUUGUUGUUGAUGCCAUGCAUAAGGCAAACUACGCAAGUCGCAUCUGUCACUCAUGCAAACCUAAUUGUGAAGCAAAAGUUACUGCUGUAGAUGGUCAGUACCAGAUUGGAAUCUACACUGUCCGUGAAAUCCAACAUGGCGAGGAGAUAACAUUUGAUUACAAUUCCGUGACAGAGAGUAAAGAAGAAUAUGAAGCGUCUGUUUGUUUGUGUGGUAGCCAAGUUUGCAGGGGCAGCUACUUAAAUUUGACAGGUGAAGGGGCUUUCCAAAAGGUGUUGAAGGAGUGGCAUGGAUUACUGGAUCGUCAUUAUUUGAUGCUUGGAGCUUGUGAAUUAAAUUCUGUGUCUGAAGAAGAUUAUCUGGACUUGGGUAGGGCUGGUUUAGGCAGUUGCUUACUUGGUGGGUUGCCAGAUUGGGUGGUUGCAUAUUCUGCUCGUCUGGUAAGAUUUAUAAAUCUGGAAAGAACAAAGCUUCCUGAGGAAAUUCUGAGGCAUAAUUUGGAAGAGAAAAGGAAAUAUUUUGCAGAUACAUGUCUUGAGGUCGAGAGAAGUGAUGCUGAGGUUCAGGCUGAAGGUGUCUACAACCAGAGGCUUCAAAAUUUGGCUGUUACUCUUGACAAGGUGAGGUAUGUAAUGAGGUGCAUAUUUGGUGACCCAAAGCAAGCUCCACCUCCGCUGGAGAAGCUUACUCCUGAAGAAACUGUUUCCUUCCUCUGGAAAGGAGAUGGAUCACUUGUUGAUGAACUUCUGCAGUGCAUGUCUCCUUAUAUGGAUGAAGACAUGCUAAAUGACCUCAAGUCCAAGGUUUGUGCGCAUGAUCCGUCAGAUUGUGAUGACAUUCAGAAAGCUCUUCAGAAGUCUUUAUUGUGGUUGAGGGAUGAGGUGCGCAGUCUUCCAUGUACAUACAAGUGCCGGCAUGAUGCUGCAGCUGACUUAAUCCAUGUUUAUGCUUAUACAAAGAGCUUCUUUAGAGUUAGGGAAUAUGAUGCAUUUACUUCUCCACCAGUUCACAUUAGUCCACUUGACUUAGGCCCCAAAUGUGCUGAUAAGUUAGGGGGUCUUCCCCACAAGUAUCAAAAAACCUAUGGGGAGAACUAUUGCAUGGGACAGUUGAUAUUUUGGCAUGUCCAGACUAACACCGAGCCUGAUUUUACCCUUGCUAAAGCGAGCAAGGGCUGCUUGUCAUUACCUGAAAUUGGUUCCUUUUACGCUAAGGUUCAGAAGCCAUCACAGCAGCGCAUUUAUGGUCCCAAGACCGUGAAAAUGAUGUUGGAAAGAAUGGAGAAGUACCCUCAGAAACCGUGGCCCAAGGACCAAAUAUGGUCAUUCAAGAACUCCCCAAGAGUUUUUGGCAGUCCAAUGCUAGAUGCUGUAUUGAACAAUGCCCCACUAGACAGAGAAAUGGUACACUGGUUGAAGCACAGGCCUCCAGUAUACCAAGCGAUGUGGGAUCGAUGAAGUUGCUCUCCCCGGACAGGGUAAGCAGCAGGGGGUUGGUGAUUAUCAUUAAUCAGGCAUCAAAAGCUUGUGAAGUGUUCUGGAAUGGUUUCUUCAUUUUAGUUCACAGCUGCCCCUUUUAGUGUGGGAGUUGGUCAUCAUUCCAUAGCAUCUCUCCCCCUCUGCUUUCUACUCCCCAUUCUUGUUAAGUGUACAGUCUUUUAUUUUGUUUUUCUUUUUCAUUUUUUCCUUACUGUAAUUUUGUAAUUCAUUGUUUGGUAGCAAAGAAAAAUGAAAAGGAAAAUUUCCCAUCAA